AUGGUACCAUAUGAAUUCCGACCAAAUCAAGUUUUCGAUCCGAAAAAACAUAUUUUAGACGUAAUAGCCAUGCAAUAUCUUGAACAGGCUACUAGUGAUGUACAUCAUCUUGUUCCAGCCGAUGUCAUUGCCGACGGAAAUUGUUUAUAUCAUUCCAUUGUUCUUCUUAUGAAUAAUCCAGCAGUGACAUGGGGUGAAUUACGAGUUCGAACAGUUAUAGAACUUAUGACGAAUGAGACUUAUUAUUCAAAUACAUACUCACAUUGCGUCGGACCUUUUGAUAUUGCAAUUCAAGCUAUGUGCAGAAAGUCCACAUUUUCGGAAUUGUAUAAAAAUACUGCAUUAUGCAAUAUACUUAAAUGUAACAUACGGAGUAUUUAUCCAAAAAUUGAUCUUCGAGAUCAUACGGCCAUCGUGAAUAACACGUUUAUGCCUCUUCCACCUACUGUUGCUAAUUUCGAAAUUACAAUAUUGUGGUCACAUACCUUGAACGAAAAUGAGACUCCUGAAAAGAAAACAUUUAAAAACAAUGCUGCUAUCCAGAUAGGAAUUCCUGAGUUUCAAUCAUCUUCUAGCAGACGUUUACGAAGUGAAAUCAACAUAGACACUGAUUCUUCUCAAUCGAUCGUGUCUGAUACAAUGUUGCACGAUCACAAUGACAAAGAAGAACAACGUCAAAUUCGUCUUGAAAAGAAAAAAGAACUGGUUCGAUCAAGUCGACUGAACGCAACCGAAGAAGAGCGCCAAAAUCGACUGAGGGGAGAGAGGCACCGCAGUCAAACUAGUCGAAAGAAUCAAACAGAAGAACACCGUCUUAAUCGACUCGAACAGCAAAGAAAACGAAGUCAAGCAAACAGAGAAAAAAAGAAAAAUGAAAAACGCAUGUCCGAGAAUAUUAGUACUCAACAACAAACUACUCAAAUGCAAUCUGCUGGAGCGGAAGAAGUCACAUUACAAGAUGGUAUUAAUAUAUCUCAUUCUAUAUCAAAUGCAAAUAUCUUACCGAAAAUUAGAAAUUCGACUUCUUCUUGGCCUGAACCAAUUUCUCGUGAUUUGAAAGAAGGAUGUCUCAAAAAAUUUCUUCAUCGAAUGUCCAUGUCAGCACUAGCCGAAACUACGUGUGCAGUUUGCAACAUUCGAAGUCCCAUGCAAAAGUCGAAAUCAGUACCUGUCUCAAAAAUUACUAGCAAUGAAUUACUCAAAGUUUCAGACGAAACUAAAGCUCUGAUCAUGGGCUCCCAGUUAUCGAAUUUACAGUACAUAAAUGAAGGCACCGUAACUACUGUUAAUACUGAUGGUAUACAAACGACUGAUGAUGCUCAAACUUCCAAGUCACCAUCAUUUUAUUGUGAAAACAAUAUUAUUUUAUAUACUAGUGGCUUAUUUCAACAGAAUAAGAAGAAUAUGUGCACACUCUGUCAAAAAUGCCAUGAUGCUUUAACGAAAAAACACAUUCCUAAAUUUUCUGUUGCCAAUGGCAUGUGGUUUGGCGACAUACCUGCUGUACUACAAGGCUUAACAAUUCCAGAAGAAAAGCUAAUAUCACUUUAUCGUCACAAUAGCUAUAUAAUAAAACUUCAAUCACCUUUUCAUUCAGCUACAACUUCACAAACAGCUUUAAAAGGCAACUGUAUUACUUUUCUGCAAAAUGUACCGGACAUUGUCAACAGUCUACCACUUAAACUUGAUGAUCUAUGUGAUACGAUAAAAAAUAUUGCUCAACUACCUGAAGACGACAUACCACAAUCUAUUAUGUCAACAAUGGAACAAAAGAUAAGUGAUGAAGAAGUUCAGUCUGAAAGAGUGGGAUAUGUUCCUGAUCCACUAUCUAGUUUAACUGAUUACACAACUUCAGAUACUAUUCCCAUACAGAACAGUAGUGUUCUCGACGUUAAUGGCUCUUUGGUAUCUUCAGAUGAAAUUGCAAAUUAUGUUUUGCACAAAAUGAAAAAUAACAAAACACAUCAACAAAUGAACAGUGAAAGAGUUCAUUUAAUCCCUCAUUCUUCAAAACCUGUUAAUGAGUAUUAUAAUCCAAAACUAUUAGUGGGUUUGUAUCCUACUCUGUUCUGUUAUGGACGUGGUGCACCUGACGAUCAAUCACGUCCUGUUAAAACAAAUUUACGAGAACAUAUACGUUACCUAUUACCUUAUAAUGAUCGACGUUUUGAAACGAAUCACAGCUUUAUAUUUGUGGUCUUCAAUAUAUUGCAAUGA